AUGACUUGGAGAAAAUUCUUCGGCUGCGCUUACACUACUCAGUUGAAAAACAGACUUUUGUCAGAGAUAGAGCUUUGGUUUAUACUAGAUACUUCUAUAUAUGAACCUGUUAUCAAGUGCUUCAUGACGUUAAUAGACCGGUUCAUUCGUCGUGGUCAUGAUGUGAAUCCAUUGAUUGAUAAAGGACUCAUCCAUGAACUAACAAAGAGACUAGCGGCAGUCAGUGACUCGUCCUCAUCAUCUCCACAAUCCGUUUCAAUCAUCGUUAACUUACUAUCAACACUCAUCAGAGGAUCAUCAAGCACAGCUAAUGCUGUACUAAGAUCUAAUUUACCUGACAGUAUCAAGCAAGCAGUCAAAGGAGAUGAAAGAUGUGUACUUGAUGUCCUGCGUCUUAUUGAGCUACUGCUAAUAUUAUUGUUUGAAGGAAGGAAAGCUCUUCCAAAGAACCUCCAGCCAUUAGCAUCAAGGCAGAUAGAGAGCUUCCCUGGAGAUGCUUCCAACAGGCAUGUCAUUGAAGCCAUUCGUGCUGGAAACAAUGAAGAAUUUUUUGAAGCUAUGGAGAGUGGUAUUGAUAUUAAUCAUAUGGAUGAUGUUGGUCAAACUCUAUUAAAUUGGGCUUCAGCAUUUGGUACACUUGAAAUGGUUGAAUAUUUGCUGGAGAAUGGUGCUGAUGUUAAUCGUGGCUUAAAGUCAUCAUCCCUACAUUAUGCUGCUUGUUUCUGUCGUCCUAGCAUUGCUAAGAGGCUGUUACAGUUUGGGGCAGAUACUGAGCUGAGAGAUGAAGAUGGUCACACUCCAUUAGAUAAAGCACAGGAGAGAGGUGACGAGUGGUAUCAGCAAUGCUUAGAAAUAUUUGACAACUCAGACAAUGUUCUUCGUGACGACGAUGAUGAUGAUGAUAGUGAUUCAUUUGACUCUGACAGUGAUGCUGAGAGUAAAAUAAAAGACAUGAUAUCAAGUACCGCUGCUACUGGGACUGGCCCUGCCUCUAGUGGGGGGAAUAAAGUCAUUUCAGGUAAUAUAAUAGAGCCUAGUGGGCAGACAACAGCAGCAGCUAAUAAUGAAGAGAAUAAGAACAAUGGUAAAGAGGAUGCUAGCAGUGAUAAGGUUGAUCCUGAGUUAAUUCCUGUUUAUAUGAAGUUACUGUUACCAUUACUUGUGGAAGUGUUUCAUUCUAGUUUAUCUCAGACAUUGAGGAAAGAGUGUCUUAGACUUGUUUGUAAAAUGUUUCCUUUUGUAUCUAAAGAAGUAUUGCAAGAUAUCUGCUCGGAUAGCGAAUCACAACGAUCAUUUCCUGGACAAAUAACUGAAGUAUUAACAUCAACAUUAGAGAUUGAGGAUGAUUUGGAUGGCCAGUUGGCUGCUCUUACUAUUCUUGAUGAGUUGCUUGGUAAAGUACCGGACACUUUCCUUGAGCAGUUCUUGAGACUCGGUCUCCCUGUUCAUGUAUCAAACAUUGCAGUACCUCCCAAAGAAGCUGAGGAACCUUCAACUGAAGAAACAGAUAGUGGACCGCUAUCUUUGAAAGAGUCUGAAGUAUUACAAGAUGCUACUGAACUGACUCCAUUAGUUCCUUACCAGUGGAAGGACUGGGUCUUCAUACGCUCAUCAGAAUGUUUGUUUCUAUGGAAUGAGCACAUUGUCCUUGAACUAUCACGAGUGAGUAAUGGCUGGUUUCGCUAUCUCAUGGACAAGAAAGUAGCUACCAUGUACUCAAGUGGCAGCGUUGAAGGAAGCUCCUCUUCUCUUGGGGGGAAGUCUGAUUUUAUUGUUAAGAUGCAGCUCUGCUGUUCACAGGUUCCCUCAGAUGCUGUACUCUACCCAAUCCUGUCCACUCCUUCUCCAGUGAAGCUAAAGAUAGGCCACUGGAGCUUGAGUUGUGAGAAAGAAGGAGAAAUAGUUAUACACAAUGCUGAGAGUUCACAAGCUACUUAUUUAAGAGACGCAUCAAGUGAUGUUUGUGUUUUGUUUGAGAGUAAUCGUCAGAGGAAGAUCCCAUUAACUCCAAACACACCAUUAGGAGGACAAUUUCAUUUUGCAUGGAACGAUAAAAAAGGAAUGAAAUAUAAAACUAAAGCUGAUGUUACCAAAGAACAGAUAUCUAGUUUAGCCUGGAAGAUACAACAGAAAUAUUUUACAUCAAAUAGUGAGGGGACAAGAAAAGUAGCAUUUGAGCUUCAGUUGAUAUUAAAGAAUAUUGAAGACACUUGUCUUGCUCACGAAUCUGAUGUUUCAUUGGAUUCUGGUAUGGGCUGGAAAGAAGAGCUUCAGUUUGGUCUUCAAGCUUUAUCUGACUUACUAAAGGAGGAGAGCACUCUAUCAGCUUUUGAGGUUCACAGCAGUAGCCUGGUACAGGUUUUAUUGCAUUGUAUUUCUGGGCAGUUUUCUGAAGAGCCUGUACCUGCUCAGAAAAUUAAUGAAAGGUUUAAUCUUUUUAAGGAAGUGUUCUCUGAUGCAGAUAAGAACGCAUGUUUAAGUGAAGAGUCCAAUAUAUCCCCACCCUCAGUGAGUUUGGUUAAGAAGUUGAUAGCAGUUCUUGAAGCUGUGGAGCGACUCCCUCUAUUGUGCCAUGAUGCUCCAGGAACACCUCUUAACCUUCAGAUUAUUCAGCGUAAGCUACAUUUCAAGCUAGAGAGAGCUCCUGAUGAAGGAGAUUUAAGGGAUUUCUCUGGAAAAACGUUCAAAACUGAGCCACUUGUAACAAUUAAAGGUUUAGAAAAAUUUCUAAGUGGAAGAGCUGCGAAGCAGUGGUAUGAUUUUGAGAGGACGUCUUAUCAUUUUGUAAGUGUGUUGCAAAAAAUGAAAUCACCGUUAGUGUUUCAACAUGUGUCUGACUUUGAUGAGAAUGGAAUCUUUUACUGGAUAGGAUCCAAUGCAAGGACGUGUGAUUGGGUCAAUCCAGCUGCUCAUCAUAUAGUAGUAGUUAGUUCAUCUGAUGGAAGGAUACUUCCUUAUGGCAAUCUUGACGACAUACUUUGUAGAGAUGAUACUCCGGCCAACUGUCACACUAAAGAUGAUCGUAACAGCUGGUUUGCUGUAGACACUGGUGUCUGGUUCUUCCCUACCCAUUACUCACUGAGGCACUCAAGGGGCUAUGGCAAUCGGUCAGCAUUGAGGAGUUGGGACUUUCAAGUAUCAAAGGAUGGGGUUACUUGGACUACAGUUUAUUCUCAUGUUAAUGACAACUCACUAAAUGAGCCAGGAUCAACUGCCUCCUGGUCUUUGUCCCCACCCACUGAUCCUGAGGGGUGGCGUCAUUUAAGAUUGAUCCUCACUGGUCCUAAUGCUAGUGGUCACACUCAUUAUCUCUCACUGUCUGGUCUAGAAGUGUAUGGUGAAGUAAGAGGACUAGCUGAUAAUGAACUAGGUAAAGCAGCUAAAGAGCAAGAGAGGCAGUUGUAUCAAAAGAGACGCUUUGUGAAGGAGCACAUAAUGAAGAAGCUUCAUAUAGGAGCUAGAGUUGUACGUGGAGUUGAUUGGAAGUGGAGGGAUCAAGAUGGAAUACCACCUGUACCUGGAACUGUAAUAGGAGAACUAAGAAAUGGUUGGGUUGAGGUCCAGUGGGAUCAUGGUAGUGCUAAUUCUUAUAGAAUGGGAGCUGAAGGGAAGUAUGACUUGGAACUGACUGGAGAAGAGCCAGCCAUUCCUCCUCCCCCAGAAUCAGAGGAGACAACUAGCAAUACCCCACCAGCUCCUGAUAAUGUCUCUGAUGAGGAUGAUGAUGAUCCUGUACACCAGAAGACUUGGGAUGAUGACUGUAUAUUGAAGCAGUCUUUUUCAGCUCUUGUUUCUGCUUUUGAUCCCCGCCCUGGUCAAACCAACGUACCUCAAAUACAGGAUUUUGUAAUUCCACUUCCCGGUAGUGUGAAUCAAACAGUGGAUGAUAGCAUAGACGCUAAAUUUAAGAGGGUCAAGUUAGCCUUGUUUGUUAAGUAUCAAGGGCUUGAGCUGAUAAUGGAGGACUCCAGUAAGCCAAUAUGUCACUAUGUACAGAGACUGCUCCAGCAUUUGCCAAAAGGAGAGAGAAAGAGGAGAGUGUGGGACGAAACAUUUACGUUGGUUUAUCGUGACAGUUCUCAUGUUAUUUCCUCUGGACAAUGGCUUGGUCCUGUUUCAUAUGUUGCAUCAAGUCUUUUGUCUGGCGUCAUUUCAAAAGAGGAUGUUAUUCUCUUCAUUCGAAAGAAUGGAAAGGAAAGCUUUCUGAGGAAAUGGAAACUGACCGAACCAUCAUCUGUCGCCAAAAAAAGUAUUACAUUCUCUGAGUUAACUGAUAUCUAUAAGGAGUUGAUUGAAACACCAAGAAGAGAUGGUGCUAUGAUUGAUAUUGAACCAGCUGCCUCUGAUCAAGAAUCAACAGUCUAUGAUGUCAUGUCACUCUUAAAGCUUUUUUAUGACAUGUCUGAAAAUGACAUGCUCAAUAUCCCUACUGAGAUAUUUCAAAGUAGAAAACUAGUAAAUAAACUAGUCCAGCAAGUUCAUGACCCAUUAAGCCUUGCUAGUGAUUCUUUACCCGAUUGGUGUUAUAAAUUAACAGGACACUAUUCUUUCCUGUUUCCUUUUGAAACAAGAGAAAUGUUCUUCCUAAGCACUGCGUUUGGCACCUCGAGAACUGUAAUCUGGCUCCAAAAGUGUUGUGAUGAAGUAUUGGAGAGAAUACGUGGUGGUGCUCUUAAGAAAGAAGAGCAGUAUGAAUAUCAUAUAGGAAGGUUGAGACAAGAUAGGGUCCACAUUCCCAGAAAGGAGGAUGAUAUCCUUUUGUGGGCCUCAUCAGUAUUGCAUGCACAUGCCGAGAGAAAAUCUGUCCUUGAGGUUGAGUUUCUGAAUGAGGAGGGAACUGGUUUGGGCCCUUCUCUUGAAUUUUAUGCACUCGUUUCUGCUGAGUUUCAGAAAAGCUCUCUUGGUAUGUGGUUGACUAAUGAUCGAUCAAGUCUACAACAUAAUGAUAUGUCUAGACAGGUUGACAUUGGUUUAGGUGUCAAGCCUCCUGGAUAUUAUGUACAAAGGUCCUGUGGUCUGUUCCCCGCCCCAGUUCCCAGUAGUAGUCCCGAGUUUGACAGGAUAUGCAAGCAUUUUGAAUUACUUGGACUGUUUCUGGCAAAAUGCUUACAAGAUGGUCGUAGGGUUGACAUACCUCUAUCCGAGUCGUUCCUUAAGCUGAUGUGUUUCAAACAAGUCAUUACAGAAGACCCUGGGACUCUUCCAUCAAUCACGAGACCCAGUGAGGAAGAGAGGAGAGAUGAUGACGUGACGCUCAAUUCUUCUGACAAUGCAAUCAACAACAACCCAACCUCUUUCAGUAAUGAUACUAACACUAUUACUGGGCAAGAAGCAACCGGAAAAGAGAAGAUUAUGAUGGAUGAAGAGAGGAGAAAGGAGAGUUCUGCUGCUAAGGAUGCCAGCAAAGAUGAUGCAGCACUUAUGAAUGACAAAGUUCAUAGUUCAAAAACAAGUGGGAAUACCGUACCUUGGUUUACUGGAAUAUUAACUAUGGGUGAUCUUGUUACCAUUGACCCUUACAGGGGUAAAUUUCUUGUACAACUACAAGAUUUGGUUCAACGUAAGAUUGAAUUAUCUGAGAUGGAGAUGACACAAUCGGUUGAUGGCCUACUAUUAGAUGAUGGUUCACAGCUCAGUGACUUAAUGCUGAACUUCACUUACGCACCAUCAUCAUCGAGUUAUGGUUAUGAAUGGUAUGAUUUAACUGAUAAUGGUUCAGCAACUGAGCUUGAUAAUUCUAAUGCUGAAGAGUAUCUUGCCUUAACUAAAGAUUUUGUUUUAGAAUCAGGAAUUAGAAAACAACUAGAAUCAUUUAAAACUGGUUUUGAUCGUGUGUUUUCAAUGAACAAGCUACAGAUAUUUUCUCCUUACGAGCUGAGACUGUUACUCUGUGGUGAACAGUCUCCCUCAUGGACACGGGAAGACAUAUUAAAAUACACUGUACCAAAAUAUGGAUACAAUAGUGACAGUCAUGGAUACCAACGAUUUGUUAAUGUUCUUGUGGAAUUAGACUCUGAUGAAAGAAAAGCUUUUGUACAGUUUAUAACCGGCUGUUCUUCCCUUCCUCCUGGAGGUCUAGCUAAUCUGCAUCCUCGGCUAACUGUUGUUCGUAAAGACUCCAAGGAUGACAACAUGUUUCCGUCAGUUAACACUUGUGUCCAUUAUCUUAAAUUACCCGAAUAUUCAUCUGAGAGAAUUUUGAAGACAAAAUUAAUGGAGGCCACUUUUGAGAAAGGCUUUCAUCUAAAUUAACUGUAAUAAGUAUAACUGAUUAACUGUAAACAGGAUAGAGUGGUCCUGCUUUAUCAUCAGUAUUAUUAACCACAUCCUGUAUAUCAUUACAUUGUAUAAAUUUAACAAUAAAAAUAAUGUUUCUUCCACACAGUGUUACAUUA